UAACCGGGAGGCGGUUUAAUUGGCGUAUUUUGAUUACUUCCCUUUCUUUAUCUUGUAGCCAGUUCAUGUUCUCAGAGAAUCCUCACAAAGCUUAAACUCUUUUGGGCGGCACACCUGUCGAGGGAAGAAAACUCCUCCACCUUUUCCUCACCGCCCUGGGCUCUUAACUUCUGUUUCCGAACUGAGAAAACUGCAGACGAGGCUGCGUCGGAACUCUCCGGGACAUUAACCCGGUUUGAGUAGACUGCGCAGAGUCUUGGCUUCAAUUAAAACAUUCCUUGCAUGGCUCGAAAAAUUUGUGACAAAAGUUUUCAGUUAAAUACUCUGAGCACUGACAACAGAUAUCAUAGCAAGAGCAGUGUCUACCUAGUAUGCUUUAUGUAUAAUAAUUUGGCUGGCCUGGAAUAGUUAUGCUUCGUCCAUUCUAGGGGGUUGAAAAAUAUAUAUUGAAUUACAAUAGGUUACGUUCUUUUCAGUCAACAGUUUCUCGGGUGCGGUACUUGCUCAAAUUUACCUAUCAUCUACGUCUUCUUUAAGAAGUUUGCAUAACUAACUGGGUCCAAUGCUUUUUCACCAAGAACUUUUUCAUCUGAGUGACGUAAACACGACUCAAUUUAACCAUACGUCACUUCAGCAACUCGCAUAAGAGUUAUUCGAGAUACGGAAAAAGUUUGCAUAUACCACCAAAAGGUAACCCGCUGACAUGUAAAGAGCGCAUAGUGUUAAACAUGGCUGCUUUCAGUUACAAACGGUGGAAGUCUUUCCUAAAUCUUCUUAUGUUUUAUCUGGUUUACACAAUGACAAGGUGAAGUCUUCCGCGAAGUCUUCCAUCGAAGCAGUUUAUCCUUGAACAUUUUAAAGUUAAAAAAAGAAAAAAUUAGUGGUGCGUUCAGACGCGUUUUUUUCGCGUGUCAUUCAGCGUACGUCACGCGAGCUGAUGAAUGGUUCCUCUUACGAUAUCCGCUGGUCAAGGUAAAAGGACAUAUUCUGCCUUUUGUUGGAUUGAAUCAUUUAUGGUGCGACUGGCCUGCCAUGGGAUCAGAAUGUAGUGUUGAAAAAGAUUACGAGCUGGAUGAACCAGUCGAAUGUGUUAGCAAAGAAUGGAGUAUUUACGAAGCGAAAAAGAAACAAGAUGGCCUCAAAGUUACUGUUUUUGUCCAUGAGAAGAAAGAGAAAGAAAAUAAUAGUGAUUAUGAAAGGAUUUCUAAAGCUGCACAGUGUCUCAAAACUCUUAAACAUCCAACCAUUCUUAAACAUCAUUGGUCUUAUGACAGCUCAGAAGAGUUUUGUAUGGUGACAGAACCAGUCAAGCCUUUAGAAUCUGUUUUAAAGAGUUUAGACACAUUGGAGAUUGUUGCUGGACUCUAUAAUGUUGUUGAAGCUCUUGUAUUUUUGCACGAAAAGGGUGGUCUGUCACACAACAAUGUUUGCAUGUCAUCCAUGUAUGUUAGUGACAAUGACUGGGGAUGGAGACUUGGUGGAAUGGAACAUGUAUGCAGAUUUUCUGAAUUAACAAAUGAGUUUUUGUCAGGUACAAGAGCACAAAGGGAUACCAAGUCUAUUUCUCCUGAAGAAAAGGAGGGUCUUGUAAAUGUCACUUUAAAGACUGGUCAUGCCCUCGAUGCAUAUGGCUUUGGUAUGUUUGUAAGUGACAUCUUGGACACUCGCACAGAUUUAGGAGAUGUAGGGGAAAAUUUUGGAGAAAAGAUGCAGAGUUUAUUCCUCCAUGAAAAUCCUCAGAUGAGGCCUCAGUUUUCCAGUCUUCUUAGUGAUGAAUUCUUCAGGAGCGGCUUUUUGGAGAUAAUGACAUUUCUCAACCAAAUAACCAUUAAAACUGAUGUGGAAAAAGAGAAAUUCUUCAGUUCUCUAGCCUACAAGUUGACAACAAUUCCACCAAAACUUGUUGCCAGGCGAAUGCUUCCAAGAUUGAUGUCAAGAUUUGUUCUGGCGGACCCUAGUGCAGAGAAAAAUUUCCUCCCUCAUCUCCUGACUCCUAUCAAAGAUGGUAACGAUGCUGAUUACCAGUCAAGCAACCUCACUCCAGUGCUACCAGAUGAGCUGUUCAGAGAACACUGCAUCCCCAUUUUAAUGACUCUAUGGUCCAUCAGGGACGGACACGUCCGGAUGAUUCUUCUCAAGUAUUUUGGUCUCUAUGCCACCUCUUUUACGAAAGAAGUUCUGGAAAAUUUCAUUCUACCUCAGAUGUUGAUUGGUCUGAGAGAAACAGAUGACAGAAUAGUCGCGGCCACAUUUUCUGCCUUGUCAGUCAUGGUACCUGUAUUAGGAGCGAAUGUGGUUGUUGGUGGAGAAAGAAGAAAGCACUUCAUCGAAGGGAGACCUAAGUUCAAUGGUUCUGAGAGCAUGCCAACAAUAUCCACAAAUAAUGUCAUUAAGGAAAAGAAGAUCAGAAACAUUGGUCCCGCGAAUGUCAGUGGAGUCAUCGACUUUGAGAACAAGUUGAGCCCAGAGUCAGACGGCACCGUGCAGACAUUCACACGUAAUACUAACGAUAAAAUUCGAAAACAGGAAAGGGAAAAACGAAGGCAAGAAAUGGAGAAGAGAAAAGAGGAGAGAAAAAAAGAGAUGGAACGGCGCAGAUUGGAACGAGAGAAAGAAAGAAUAGCGAAACAAUCGUCUCCCAAGAGACUAAUAGACUUAGUUGUCCCCCAAGGGGACUCUGAUCAGGAAGAGUUUGAACAAUGGAAAGAACUUGAUGGGUCCCCAAACUCCUCGCGGUCAGACGCAAAGAUCAGCCGUUCAAGCCAAGCAACUGUCGAGCAAGGUGUUGCUUACUGGAGUGACGAUCAGAGUGUUACUAGCAGCGAACAGGACAAACUAGAAAUGAAUGACGUUGAUGUUAAUACCUUCCUGCCAGCGGGGAAAUUGAACGGACCUUCCCCUUUCUCUCGCAAUAAAGAGGGCUAUCCAUCGAAACCUAGUGCGUCGACACGUUCGAACGCAUUAAAGCUUGGUUCUGAAAAAUCUUCAAUCAAAACAAACAAGUCUUCGAAAACAAGACGGCAAAGUGAAGAGAGACCGGGUAGUGAAUUUGAAAUAACGCGAAUGGAAGUUCGCUCAAGAGAGCCUGAUUACUUCGCUGAUAUGGAGCCGUCAUUGACUUUUAAGGCGAAAAAUUCAGAUGGUGAACCUGGAAAAUCCCAAGGUGCAGAACUGAGUUCUAAAUUGGCAAUGGUAGAAGACACGUCACAGGUGGAAAGUGGCUGGGGUGAUGAUUGGGAAGAUUUUGACUAGCGAGGAGUUCCUGUUUUAAGAAACAAUCCAAUCUCCCCCUUGAUCAGAUCGUAGUUUUAUUUAACUCAUGAUUGAUCAAUUUGAAAAUCUCCUGAUUGUCUAAGGUAGAGGAUAGAAGAAAAUGCAUCUAAAUUGUUCAUUUUCAAAUGAAACCGCAGUACUGUGGACAUUUAAAAGCAAAAGUACGGCCCAUGUUGAUAUCGACCGCAAGAAAAAUAGAACGAGCAAUCCUUAAUUUUUCCGAUGUGUACACCUUUCCCCAUCUUAUCAUUUAGUUAUUUGUCAUUCUUCGUGGCCAUUUUUAUUUAAUUCCCAUUUUCAAUGAAUUUCCCUCCCUUGUAGGUUUUAUCGAAUUUGUAAACAGAAGUUUUAACGAGAAAUGAAAUGAACAACAGAGAACAUUGUAUAUUUUAUAAAGUUAUUUGGCGAGAAUGUUGUAAUAUUAGAAGAUAAUGCGUUAGAGCGAAAUGAAUAAAUUAAUUAUUAUUGUUUA